AUGCCAACUUUCAUGACUUAUAUAAAAGAAAAAAAUAUUUUUGUAAAAAAUUCUGAACAAGUAAUGGAAGAUGAAAAAACUGCAGGAAGGUCAGUUAACCAAAAAAGGGAGAAAAUAAAAGUGGAAAAGAAUGCACAGAUGAAUAGGAACACGAACAAUAACAUGAACAAUUUUGAAAGAAAGAGCGAAAAAAUCGGGGGGAGGGAAAAAAGCAAAAGAAAUCAGAAUAUCAAAAGGGAGAAACUGAAGAUGAACAAAAAUAUGAUAAAAAAAAAGGGAAAAAAAAAGAAAAAAAAAAUGAAGUUGAAUGAAAAGAUGAACGAAAAGGUGAACGAAAAGGUGAACGAAAAGGUGAACGAAAAGGUGAACGAAAAGGUGAACGAAAAGUUGAACAAAAAGAUGAGCGAAAAGAUGAGCGAAAAGAUGAGCGAAAAGUUGAACGAAAAGUUGAAGCAACGGACGGACAAGGUGUCUGAGUACAAGGAGAAACAAGUCGGGGGAUAUGUACAGGGAAACAUAACAAGCCAAGGUAGUCCCGAAAAAGAAACGAAUAACAGCAGCAGUGAUGAGUUAACUUGUGAUUUUGAAUUAAUAGACCCCGAGGAUGUAUAUAAAGAUAACAUAAGAAUAUUAUUAAAAAGUACGGAGCUGUACACAAAUUUAAAAUGUUCUGAACAGUUAAUAAAUAUUAUAUGUGAUCAGCAAAAUAUCGGAAAAUUUGUGUGCGUUUCAAAUGAAGAAAAAAAUGAGAAAGUAAAUAUUAUUGGCUUUCAAACUAUUGUUAACAUUAAUCAAUAUGAUGAAAUACAUAUUUUAAAAGAAUUUUUAUUAAACAAAAUUAAGAAAAUAAAUACAUUUGAAUAUGAUGAAAAUGCAAAGGAAUUAAUUAAUUUAAUUUCAAAUAAUAAAAAUAAUAUAGGUUUACUUAUUAACAGCAGAAUAAUAAAUUGUCCUAUUAAAUUAAUUCCUUUAAUUCAUAAAAAUGUAAUGGAUGAUAUUCUGUGGUCUCAGGGUAUAGAAGAUAUGGAUGUAAAUGAAAAGAAAUUUUAUUUUUUUGAUUAUAUACUCUUUUACACAAAAAUUUAUAAAAAUGUAAACAAUGAAUUAAUUUUUUCCAAUUAUGAAGAACAGUUCUUUUUUCAAAAUAAAAUAUACCAUGUAAUGUGGAAUAAUAACAAUGUAAAGAGGUUUUAUGAAAUAACGAACCAUAAAAAUAGAGAAGUUAAUUAUAAGGAGUACGCCAUGCUAUUUGUAAUCCCGUUCGAUAAGGUGAGCGACGCAAUAGGCAAUAUAUACGCCACCAUGUAG